UCGAACCGGAAGCUUGAGUUUUGCUCAUUUCCUCUUCUUUACCUCGUCGUCUUGGUUUAAAAUAAUCUCUGUUAAGCAGAGGUAACAUUUUAAAUACAUUUUCAAGAGGGAACAACACAUUUCGUGGAUGGACUGUACUAUCAUGGCAGAGGACAGACAUAAUUAGCAGAGAAAACCCAUUGACUCUGGUCAGGCUCAUAUUGUUCAGACACCAUGAGGUGACAGCUGAUGUCUUGUGCUGACUCGGACAUAUGGCAAGGAUCACUCUGUCCUGCCUGCCAGCCUCCUGGUACUGCAGCGUGUCCCUGCUGUCUCUGGGAUGUGCUCCCCGGCAGAGGCUGCUCCUCCUGUUCCUGCUCUUCAUUGCCUCUGCCCUCCUCCUAGGAACCUACCAGAGGCAGCUUUGGGGCCCCCAGAGACGUCCAGGAGCCAAUGUCAACAAGUACCUCUCCAUCGCAGAGUCUAUGGAGGCCACUGACAUCGACAACCCUGCUCUUAAUUAUGGCGUGGUGGUGGACUGUGGCAGCAGUGGCUCUCGGGUUUUUGUGUAUUACUGGCCCCCCCAUAAUGGGAACCCACACACCCUGCUGGACAUCAGACAGAUGAAAGACCGGGACCGUAAACCAGUCGUCAAGAAGAUCAAACCUGGUAUCUCCACCCUGGCGAAGACCCCAACGAUGGCCAGUGACUACCUACAUCCUCUCCUCAGUUUUGCUGCUGCUCACGUCCCACAGAACAAACACAAAGAGACUCCCCUGUACAUCCUCUGCACUGCAGGGAUGAGGCUGCUCCCGGAGAGUCAACAGACAGCCAUCUUGGAUGACGUGGUCACCGACGUUCCUCUGGAGUUCGACUUCCUGUUUUCCCGUUCACACGCAGAGGUCAUCUCUGGGAAACAGGAAGGCGUGUAUGCAUGGAUUGGUAUUAACUUUGUGUUGGGACGCUUUGACCAUGCUGACGAGGAGGAUGCCACAGUUGAAGUGACAACAGGGUCACAGAAUCAGCAGCCAAUCAGCAGGCGACGCACAGUGGGCAUCAUGGACAUGGGUGGAGCUUCUCUACAAAUCGCCUAUGAGGUGCCUGGUGCCAUCUCUUUCAACUCACCAGAAGAACAGGAGGCAGGGAAGUGCAUGCUGGCUGAGUUUAACCUCGGCUGCGAUGUCGAUCACACUCAACACGUGUACAGAGUCUACGUCACCACCUUCCUCGGCUUCGGAGGAAACAUGGCCAGGCAGCGCUACGAGGACCAGCUGGUCAACAACACACUGGCCAAGAACAGGUUUCUUUCCACACAGAUGGGCCUGUCUGAAGACAAACCGUACAUGGACCCAUGUCUGCCCGUUGGCCUGUCUGACGCCAUUGUCAGGGACAACCACACCGUGUUCCUCAGGGGUGAGGGCGACUGGGCUCGAUGUAAGGAUGCUGUCCGACCCUUCCUGGGCCUUCACAACGGCACCAUGUCACCAGGGGGUGUUUACCAGGCUCCUAUCAACUUCAGCAACAGUGAGUUUUACGGCUUCUCUGAGUUUUAUUACUGUAUGGAGGAUGUGCUGAGGAUGAAGGGCCAGUACGACAGUGACAAGUACUCCAGAGCAGCCGCGGAAUACUGCUCCACACAGUGGUCAACGCUGAAGCAGCGUCUGGACAAUAAGCUCUUCUCUCAACAGGCUGACAUGGGCCGACUCAAGUAUCAGUGUUUUAAGUCGGCCUGGAUGUACGAGGUGCUGCACUCCGGUUUCCGCUUCCCCACCGACUACCAGAGUCUGAAAACUGCUCAGCUGGUUUAUGACAAGGAGGUCCAGUGGACUCUGGGAGCCAUCCUGUACAAAACCCGCUUCCUGCCUCUCAGGGACCUCCAACAGGAAACGCUGCGGCAGAACCACUCCGGCUGGCUGCGCUCCUCCUUUGUCUACAACCACCACCUGUUCUCCCUCUGCAUCCUGGUGGUGGUUCUGGCCAUCCUGCUCUACAUCCUGCGGCUCCGGAGGAUCCACCAGCGGGAGCAGCGGCAGGCCGAGGCCCUGAACCUCCUCUGGGCCGAGGAGGGGGAGGCCCUGCUCCCCUGAGAGGCCCGGGGCCCCCUGUACCCGGUGGAGGGUCUUCUACCUCUGACCUUGGACAUCGAUUCUUACUGUAUCUGAACCACAAUCGGACAACGAAUGAAUGUCAGCACCAAGGAUCCUAGAAAUGACUCAUGAGGAUAUGGGAACCCGCAGAAUUCACCGUUUGAACACACAUCACACCAUGAGACAUGAGCCCGUUUACAUACACACUAAUACUCCGAUCAUUAUCCGAUGUCUGGAGUAAUCAGAUUAUUCAAGUGAUUGUAUAAACAGUAUAAUCUGAUCUGUUUUAUCAGAUAACAGCAGUAAUCUGAUUAUGAGAAAUCAGAUUAACACACCUGGAUUUCUCCCCAAUAUGCCGAUGUCUUCCUGCAUGUACACAGGUUCAUCUGAUUUAUUUAGUUCUUUUCCAUCUGCGCAUGUAAACACAAAUAAUAUCGUAGAAAAUGGAAGCUACCUAGUCAAACGUGAGUGCAAGACAAGAACAGGAAAUUUGAUUCAGCCGUCACCACGUACGUACUUUGAAAGAAAUCUGAUAAUGGACUGAAACGUCUAAACCAGGGUUGUGGAUUAUUGCAUUUCUGAAGUGCAUGUAAACGCAUCAGAUCUGGUUAUUACAAUCACCUGAUUACUCCCAGUUAUUGGAUUUUUAUGGUCAUGUAAACAAUGAGCCCAAAAAAGAAAGUCGUCUUUUAAAGGCGGAAGACACCCAUGCUUUUUAGUGCGAUGGAAAUGGUCAGAUUUUCCCAUUAGUGUGAUUCUUUUGGGCAGUAACACACAUGGUAAUUACAGUCUGGUGAAGACGAAGUGCUUUUAGACUGUGUUUAAUUGAUAACUCAGGACGUCCUGGAACACACAGUGGGUUCUGUUUCCAGUGGGAAAAUGUCACACUUGAAAGAAACAAAUGCCUGGAGCACAUGGAGUAAAACCAAGGUACUGAGUGUUAAAGGCUCAUCCCAAGCUAAACAUGUACAUUUAAUAAUCAGAUCAUUUAUUGCUGUAACAGCUGGACAGACCUACGAAGAAACGUGGCAGAUGUUUCCUGUCAAAAAGGGAUCUGUCGGUUCAUCUUUCAGAGAAAAUACACCAGACUACAUCAGCGGCAGCCAUCUUUGCUUUUCAAAUAGCUCCCACUAUGGUGCUCCUCUGUCACUUCUUAUUUAUACAAUGGGGUUUGAUUCAAGCCCCUUCCCAUGUCAAAUAAAUGGUUGUGAUUGGCCCUGCCCAAUCUACAGUGGGAGGGCAGCACUGUGGAGAGAAAUGGAACUAGGGCAGAAAGUCGUAUUUACAGCCACAAAAAACAAACAGGCUGAGAAACUGAAACUGUCGCAUUGUGGAUCAAUCCCCUCUGUUCUGUCCACGGCUCCAACUGGACUGAUGGUUUUAAAGAAAGGGGAUCUUCGAAAUUUAGUUUUGUUUCCUUCUCAUUCCUUAAAUAUAAAAUACAUCUAAAAUAACCAGGAAUACAUUUAAUGAUGAACUUUAAUGUGAAAUGUGUUAGAACAGGUGACAUUAAAUGUAUAUGGAAAUAAUUGUGACAAAGGAUCCUCAGACGACGUGAUGCAUGUGGACGGAAACAUUCCAAGUUUACAAACUCAUCAUUCGAUUCCGAUCAGAAGGAACUCCAUGUGUGACCUGUUCUUCUACUGCGCAGCUUAAGACUCAAAUCCCAUCGGAGCGGAAACAUGUCCACUCACCUCAACAGGAAAAACCACUUCCACUCAUUCACUGCAGAUUCACCAGACUCGUUCUUUGCUCUUUUCCGCCUGCACCCAGUGAUGGUAACAGAUUUCAACACCUCAGACUGAAAAAUAGGGAAAGAAAAGGUGAAGAAGCUGUCACUUCACUGCAAACUGAUUUUCUUUCGCCUUAAAUGAAAAAAUAAUAGUGUGAUGUAGCGUGAGCUCCAGAAUCUCACCGCCAUGUUCACACCCCUAAAGUGAUUUAGCUUUGCACGUCUGCCAGAGGUGAUAUCUUUGUGGGUAUCAUCAAGAGUGCAACAGUGCUCCUUUGUCGUCAGAAAUGGUGUUUCAUCUACACCUGCAUCUGUCCCAAUGGGAUGAUUUCCUCGAAAGCAAUCGAGCAGCCUGAUGAUGUCAGCCGCAGAGCCACGGCUUCAGAUCGAGCUUUGAUACUUGAAUGCCACUGUUGUCCUGCCGAGACCCCCGUCCAGCACCGAUUUCUAUCAGAGGAAAGAUGGAGCCAAGAGGCGUUUCAGCUGAAAUAAGCUGAGCGAUCUACUCAGCGUUAGGACGAAGGCGCUGAAAGCAGACAAAGACCCUCGAGGCCUGAUUUAAGCAGAUGUCAUCUGAUUUCUGAAUGCAGCAACUUCAUCAAAAGGAGGAAUCUGGUCUCACGCCGCAGGCCAAAAAAUGGAUGAUGGGAAAGGGCAGAUGGUGCAGAAUAAAUUCUGUGUAAAUCAGAUCCAAUCUGCGUUAAAGCCAUGUUUGAGGAAUACACCUUAAACUGAGGACAAGAUCCAGAUUUAUAUGUUUUUUGUGUAUUUCAUAGCUGUAAAAUGAAGCCACUUAUUAUUAUUUUUUUGAUCAGCUUUGGUGCUUUUCAGCCAUGCAACAGUUUUUGUGAUGCAGAUGUGUGUCCGAACCUCUGAAGACAUUCAAUAAUGCAUCAAUCCCACAGUGGGAGAAUUAUAAAUCCGGAAGAAUCAUUUCCAGCUCAUUUCAGUGGUUUACUCCAGAUGUGUGGGACAUGACUCCGACUAAAUGAUGUCGACCCCAUUGUUUCAUAUUUGACCUGUACACAGGUGCUCAUGUGAAGGCUGAGAGCUUUGUACAGUUGUGUUAAAUCAGCUCUGCACAUUCCUUCCUGUUCUUUGACGCAGACAGAGAUGACGUCUGACGUAUCUUUGUCAAACUGUCGGCGUGUGUUUGUAACCUGCGUCUCACCUCUUCAUCUGUACAGAAAUACUGCAGCGCUAACAUCUGAGACAGCAGCCAACGGUCUGAUGUUUGAUCGCUGACAGAAAAAUGUAGUUGUAUCAUUUCUUUUCGACUUUAGUUGUCGUUAUGAAUCACCUACUGUGCUCCUCUCUCUGAUUCAUCCCGAUGUUCGACUCCUGCUGCUCCUCUGAUGUUCUGAGUCCAACGUGGGACCAUUCUUCGGGUUUGGGCAUCGUGCAAUGUUUAAUAAUAAUGAUUCUCUGAUUGAUACGUGACUUUAUUUGUAAUUGAUAGUCAUUUUAAUGUGAAAUGAAACAAUUCCAAUCCAAUAAAGGAUCUUUUCUAUUAAAACUGGA